GUGUGAAGUUUUUCCGGUUGGAGACGUGGCUCUGCUGUUACACUCUGUUAGCGGAGAGUCAGCCUGUGCGACUCUGUAUGAAGCCUAAAACACCGAUACUGCUGCCUGCGUGAUUUAUUAAAGACCGAGAGAGCGCGGCUGUGGAUUUCAGUACCUCGGGACGGAGCUAAAAUGGUGCUCUUGGCAGCAGCAGUGUGCACCAAGGCUGGAAAAGCCAUAGUGUCACGGCAGUUCGUAGAGAUGACGCGCACCCGCAUUGAAGGUCUUCUGGCUGCUUUUCCUAAACUAAUGAGCACAGGGAAGCAGCACACCUUCGUUGAGACAGACAGCGUGCGCUAUGUCUACCAGCCUAUGGAGAAACUCUACAUGGUCCUUGUCACCACAAAGAACAGCAACAUUCUGGAGGACUUGGAGACAUUGCGGCUUUUCUCCCGUGUGAUUCCUGAAUAUUGUCGUGUGCUGGAGGAAUCCGAGAUCUCGGAGCACUGCUUUGAUAUAAUAUUUGCAUUUGAUGAGAUUGUUGCUCUGGGCUACAGGGAAAAUGUCAAUCUGGCCCAGAUUCGUACCUUCACUGAGAUGGACUCACAUGAGGAAAAGGUUUUCCGUGCAGUCAGAGAGACUCAAGAACGAGAAGCAAAUGCAGAGAUGAGGCGGAAGGCCAAAGAGUUGCAGCAGGCAAGACGGGAUGCUGAGCGUGCAGGCAAAAAAGCACCUGGCUUUGGAGGUUUUGGAAGUACUGGAAUGAGCGGUGUCAGUCCAGCCACCAUCAUCACGGAGUCAAUGAUGGAACCAGAGAAGCCAAAAAUGGCUCCAGCCCCAGUUAGGCCAAGCGGUCCUAGUAAAGCCCUGAAGCUGGGUGCCAAAGGAAAGGAGGUUGAUAACUUCGUUGAUAAACUGAAGUCCGAGGGGGAAAACAUCAUCAUGCACAGUGCAGGGAAGAAACAAUCCGAGGCAUCUAAAGUCCUUCAACCUCCAGUGAACACAGAAAGUGUGCAUCUGAGGAUGGAGGAGAAGAUAUCGCUCACAUGUGGACGAGAUGGUGGACUGCAGAACAUGGAGAUCUUGGGCAUGAUAACCCUGAGGGUGUCGGAUGACAAGAAUGGACGUAUCCGCUUGCACAUUAACAACAAUGACAAGAAAGGAGUCCAACUGCAGACCCAUCCCAAUGUGGAUAAGAAGCUCUUCACUGCAGAGUCCUUGAUUGGUCUGAAAAACCCAGAGAAGUCUUUUCCACUCAACAGUGAUGUGGGUGUGCUGAAGUGGAGGCUACAGACCACAGACGAGUCCCUCAUUCCUUUAACCAUAAACUGCUGGCCCUCAGAGAGUGGCAGUAACUGCGAUGUCAACAUUGAGUACGAGCUCCAGGAUGAAGGCCUUGAACUUAAUGACGUGAUCAUUACCAUUCCUGUGCCGUCUGGAGUUGGUGCUCCUGUCAUUGGAGACAUUGAUGGCGAGUAUCGCCACGACAGCAGGAAAAACAUCCUGGAAUGGUGCCUGCCUGUUAUAGAUGAAAAUAACAAAAGUGGAAGCCUGGAGUUCAGCAUAGCCGGGAAACCCAACGACUUCUUCCCAGUUAACGUCUCGUUUGUGUCUAGACGCUGCUACAGCGACAUUCAGGUGGCCAAAGUGGUCCAGGUAGAAGAGGGAAGCCCAGUGAAAUAUUCCUCUGAGACUUCAUUUGUCGUGGACAAGUACGAGAUCCUCUAAAGACUCCUAAAAGAAAUAUUUUUCUAGCCUGCCUGCCUAUCUGUAUAAAAGUUUGGACACCGUACACCAGACUCUCAAAAUCCGACACAGUGGCGUGCAGUUUUGGUGUAUUUAUAUGUUUGUACGGCAACAGAAAUUAUAUAUGUUUAUAUGAAACUUAAAGGUAAAAUGAGCAGCAUCUACCAUGAAGGCAGAUGAGCCUGGUGCAUUGUGACCAAGGCCACAGAGAAGUCAUCAUAACACAUCAUCUUACAGCUUACUACAAAACUUGGACCUAUGAGUCUUCAUGACCUUCUACAUAAAUGAACAGAGGAGCUUGACAGCACUUUUGUAUUAUACUUUCAGUUUUUAGUUCCAAGAUUUGCAAUUAAACAGAGCCAGUCAUUCUCACAUAUCCAAUGUAUUGUACUCCGAUUGAGUUUUGCUUUGUUUACCUGAAAUUAAUCAAAUAAGACCAGAAAGUAAUGUUUUGAUUGAGUGUUGAUUUAGUUUUGGGCCUGUUAGCACAAUUGCCUGUUCUAAACCAGCAAUAAUUUGCUUUGCUUUGGUCUCAUUGUAGCUUUUUGAACUGUUAGUCGUAUUGAAUUGUCAGGGUCUACAACACACUCAGAGAAAAACUCUAUUCCAACUCAGCCACACGACAAUGGGGACAAAGAGUGACCCUGAUAUCUUUAUUUUCCGUGCAUUUGCAUUCUCUCAGCCAUGAAAAGACAAAAGAGCAGUUGGAGUCUAAAUUCUUAAAAGAAAAAAUAAGAGACCAUUUCAGUUUCUGAAUAAAAUAAAAUCAAAGUAAUUAAGACCAUUUAUUUGCAGAAAAUGAGAAAUGGCUGAAAUAACAAAAAGGAUGCAGAGCUUUCAGACCACAAAUAAUGCAAAGAAUACAAGUCCAUAUUCAUAAAGUUUUAAGAGUUCAGAAAUCAAUAUUUGGUGGAAUAACCCUGGUUUUUAAUCACAAUUUUCAUGCAUCUUGCAUGAUCUCUUCCACCAGUCUUGCAAACUGAUUUUGAAUAACUUUAUGCUGCUUUACUCCUGGUGCAAAAAUACAAGCAGUUCAGUUUGGUGGUUUGAUGGUUUGUGAUCAUCCAUCUUCCUCUUGAUUAUAUUCCAGAGAUUUUCAUCUUGGUGAAAUCAAAGAAACUCAUCUUUUUUUUUUUUUUUUAAGUGGUCGCUUAGUUUUUUUUUUCCAAAGCUGUAAAUCUAUUUUUCUGCAGGUUUCACCACUAACUAAAAAUACUGCACUCCAUCAGCUUAUUAGGCACUUCUCAAUACAGUGGUCUGUCCCAAUUGUGUACUAAUUACGUAUAACUAGUUUUUCAGUAUGUAAUAUGCAAAGAAAGUGUUAAAGUUGACUAUACUCAAAUGUCCAAGAAACAUACUCAGAACUCUGUUAGUACAGAUUGGGUUAUCAUAUUAAUAUUUAGUGCACUAACCUGACAAACCUGCACUAUUAAAAUUAGUAUACACCUUAUACUUUAAAUUAUAAUACACAAUUGGGACACAGACAGUAAUUAGUUUGAUUGAAAUAAAUGAUAAAGUCUGCAGGAGCGCUAGUUAACUUUAAUCUCUGUAUUAAUUGUGAAUCACAACUUCAUGACUGAGAUUAUGGCUGAGAAAAGCUUAAAUUUAAGGGAACUGAUCAGAAAAUUAAAGAGUUCAUUGCUAAUUAUGUUAUAGCUUUAACGGCUGUGCUGAAUUUUAAUCCAAGAGUUUGUAAAUUUUGCUUUCACAAGUAUUUAAUGUUUGUUGCUCAGCUUGAUUUAAGAAUGACACGAUGACAUUAAUAACAGAAACCCUCUUCUGACAUGAAGGUCUGUUUGAGAGAAAUACUCUUUCUCACUGAUAUCAUUUUUCUUUGCAUUUUGCCCCAGACCUUGUUGGUUAAAGCCUGCCUUUGGAGGAGUUAUUUUAAUAAUCAACAGAGAUGUGGGAAUUAUAACAUUCCAGCUUACAAUAACUGUUUUGAUAUUAAAGCAUAUUGCUUGAAUUUGA